UGGAAUGGCACAGAUCACAACAGGAGCUUCAUUUCUGAGCUAUAGAUCAUCGCCGGAAGCGGAGAUCAUGUAUCUGAACAGAGCGACACCGGGCGCCAGUCUUAUUGUGGCCGGAUCGCUGCUGCUGCUCUCCGCUGUGCUGGGAUUUGUCGGUGCGAGGAACGUGUCCUGGCCGUGGCUCUGCGUGCUUGGAGCAGCUCUCAGUCUGCUCACAGCCUUGCAAAUCGUUAUCGCAGUGGUCGGAUUCGUUGAAGCCAGCUCGGUAGGAGAUAAGGUGCACCGUUCCAUGUUGUACACCCUGGGCCACCACGAGAUCGAUCGCUUCCGCUCCGCAUGGGACACUGCACAAAGGAAGCACAAUUGCUGUGGAGUAGACGGAUUCACUGACUGGGAUAUACGCUUCACUCAUCGUCCAGCACAUGGAAAGUACGUACCCAACAGCUGCUGCCCAAUUGUCAAUGAGGAACUGUGCACCGAUACGCACAAGCUGCUCUACAGAACGGGCUGCCACACAAUUCUCGCCAAGAAGGAAAGGGGUAUGUUGACAACUGCUGCAAGUCUCGCCGUAGCUGCCGCCGUCCUCGAGAUGUUGGGAAUUGUGUCCGCCAUUCUACUGUCGACAAUCUACCAAGAGAAGCCGGGCUACCAGCUGUAUUGACCAUGUGUAUACGUCGCAUCAUGAACACGUGACAUCGAAUCAUGCCUAAACAAUGCACUGCAGCACACCUGAAUAACAACUAUGUCUUACUAUAUUAAAUUUUGUUUGUUUUGAGCUCACAAUUCCUGACUACAUCUGGCCAGUAUUUGGGGGAAGUUCAACUGAUAUGAUUCAUAUUGCGUUCCAUAUAAUUAUGCACCUCCGAACUGCUGUACGGACACUACCUUACCUCGCUGUGAAAGACUGCGAAUACUUCAAUGAGGCAGUAGACGACCAGUAUGGUUUCCAACGCUGACAAUCACAUUGAUCUAUUCCGUGUGGAUAAUAUUCCGCCAUGCAUGCAGUUUUUCCAAUUGAGUAUGAAUUUGUGCGUAAGAAUAAGGCCACGUGCUCUGUCAAGAGGAUUCCAACACUGUAGAUAGAAUGUUGUAUUCCUAUCUCGGCCAGAUAGCUCCGAUGUAUUUGGCUUGCUCCUAGCAUUAUUAGGCUUUGUGUAUUGUGCCUUCUGGCCAAAGCUGACCGUUAUCAUUCCACAGACCACAAUUAUCUGCUAUGCGAUGUCAAGGCUGAUGGAGUUUGUAUACAUGUACUUCGACAUGUGCAAUGGGAGCGACCUUCAGAUCAUGUUUUACAUGUAA